AUGAACAAGAUAUCCAAGCGGUGUCUGGCGACAUCGGCACUCGGCAAACGUAGCCGCAACGUAACCCUCGCAACACCACCACCACCAUUUCCCGUCAUCCCAACAUGCCCCUCGCCAACAUGCCAAUGCUCACCGACACCGGCAGAUCUCGACAUCGACCGAACGCGAGACCUCAACGGCUCCAUGUCACCGUACGCGCAACACCUCCUCAUUUCCACGGGCCGCAAAGACUGGACCAGCAGGAUCGAAGACGAGCGUGACACGGCGCCGUGGGGACGCUUCACCGCGGAGAUGAAAGCCAUCUUAGGACGAGGGGGAGAAUUCCACGAUCCAUACAAUAACAUCCUCCUCAGCACCUCCUCAUUCACUCCCUGGGCACAACCAGAACUACAACAACAACACAACCCCUCUUCUUCCAGGAGGGCGACCCAACCCCCACCAGAUCCAGAUCGAGGUCCAGAACCACAAAUCGACGCCCUCCUCUUCCCAGCCUUCAAACACCUCCGCGGUCUAACCACGAGCCCAACGCUCCUCCAGACCCUCACACGAGCAUACCUCCUCCCCACGACGCUGCACCCAAUCCACGCGCCAGAGACACUCAGCACGUCCGCCCUGCGAUCCAAAACCCGCGACGCCUCUCUCGCCAGCACCCUCCCCAUCGGCGUCGCUGACAUCACAACCCCGACCAUCCUGAUCUGCAGCCACGGCCAGCGCGACUCGCGGUGCGGCGUGCUCGGCCCGCUGCUGCAGCGCGAGUUCGCGACGUACAUCGACCGCCGCCACCGCGAGAUCCCGUCCGGGCUGGCGGCGGUUGCGGAGACCGGCGUGUUUACUGCGAGUGCAUCGGAAGCGACGGCGACCGGGGGAUCAGGAGGAGGAGGAGGAGGAGGAGCGCCGAAUACUGACUCCAAGUCCCGAAGCCCAGUCCCAAUCAACGUCGGCACGGUCUCGCACGUCGGCGGGCAUAAAUGGGCCGGGAACGUGAUUGUGUAUAUCCCUCCGAACGCCGUGGUGGUCAAUGCAGAUGCAGGUGCAGGUGCAGAUGUCACACCACAACAACAACCUCAUCCGCUCGUCGGCAAAGGGAUUUGGUACGGUCGCGUCGAGCCGCGGCAUGUGCAGGGCAUUGUCGAGGAGACGGUGCUGCGCGGCCGUGUCAUUAAAGAGUUGUUUCGUGGGGGUGUUGAUCGGGCUGGCAAGGUUAUUAGAUUAUAA